AUGACUAAAGGUCUCGGCCUGCGCCAGUAUUGUGCGUGUGUCCGAUGCCGAGGGCGCAAAAUCAAGUGUGAUCUUCAGAGUGUAGGGGAACCGGGUAAGCCGCCCUGCGCCAAGUGUGCGCGUGAGGGCGCAGAGUGUGUUCUCGCUCAGUCCCGACGGGGUGGUAACUAUUCCCACCUUCGUGGAUCACGCCAAAAAGCACCAAACAAAUCUGUACCGGAACCUACGGCCUUCACACCAUCAAGUGACCACGUCUCACCGCAUCAGCACAAACCUGGUGAUCAUGAUAGUUUACAGAACCCUUCUGAUGCCCUACUUAUCCUCGCUCAUGCAGCCGAACAGCCAGAUGAACAGAUUGGAGGCGAGACUGCCGCAAUUGAAGCAACUUACCUUGGCGAAGUCCUAUCAUCGGCAUCUCAACCAUCUGCUAGGGCUGGGAGAGCAGCCAGAAACACUAAACAGGUUGCGACCUUAUCAACAUUAAAUGAGCCAGAUCAUUCCACCGCUGAGCAUUAUGGCCCUAUCCAAGACGGCUCUCUGGACCUGGCAACAAUUGCGAAGCUUGUUCGGCAUUAUGCAGGAAAUUACCACCAAUUUCUCCCCAUCUGCCCAGUGUCCACUUUACGAAUUGAAAACCUCCUUCAUACAAUUGAGCAUGAACCUUUCCUUUUAACUGCCAUUCUUGUGGUAGCCUCGCAGAGUCAACUGGACUUUGCGAGUGUACAUGAGUCAAUCUGGAAGUAUAUGAAACAGCUGAUCUUGGAUGUGGUCCUUGGAGCGGCUGGUGCACGCAGUGUUGGAUGUGUCGAAGGUCUGUUGCUUCUUGGAGAGUGGACAAUGCAGGAUCAGACCAAAGAUGGUGGAGAAGGGGCUGCUUGGUCAGUUCUAGGGCUGGCUGUACGGACAGCAUAUCUCCUUCGAUUGGAAGAUAGCUCUUUCAAGACUCCCGGAGAAGAGAAUGACGCCAGCCUUUUGCGGAACCGCCUGGCUUGGACGUUCACAUAUCUUUCUGACCGUCAAAUAUCAAUCCGGAUGGGACAGGCAUUCUGGUGCAGAGGGCCAGCUCUCUCCACAAGAUUCACAGCCCAAGACUUCCCGACCCUCCAGGCCAAACAAGCCGGCGACGAAGACUUCGCUUCCUUGGUACAGGCUCAGGUAGAGCUAACCACGUUGUUUGGCAAUGCGCACGACAUUUUGUUUGCUUCAAGGUCACGCACUGCUGAAUUGAUGAUGCGCGGGGACUACUCCAAAUACGUUGAUGACACUGCUCGAGCAAUGGCGGCGUGGCAACGCAUUUGGGGGUCAAUAUCAGUCUCGUCUCAUCUCACUAGCUGCCUGUCCUUGACGUAUGAAUACCUUCGCCUCUACGUCAAUGCGUUCGCUUUCCAAGCUGUCCUGUAUCGCACAUCAGUGAUGAGAAGCCCUGAUCAACAGACCACCACAGAUUCUUCACGCGCGUCGAUGAUGUUUCCAGACUCAACAAUGGCAUCUCCGGAUGCGAGACCGAUAUACGAGGCGAUUGAUGCUGCGGAGAAAAUGCUCAAAAUUGUGACCGAGGAAAUAAACCCUGAGAAACACCUUCGCUACAUGCCAGCACGUUUCUAUCUAUAUGAGAUCCACUCUUCUGUAUUCCUAUAUAAAGCCCAUGCUGUUGGCGCCAUUCCGACCGAGAAAUUCAGCGAAAUGACAGAGCUCAUGUGUAAAUUUAUUACUACCCUCAAGUCUGUGGCCAUUGAUGAGGAACAUAUCGCCUCAAAAUUCGCAAAGCUGUUGGAUCGGCUUUGGUUUCGUCGAGUCAACACCUCUGCGCCGGGGAGCCAUUUGCAGUCCGCCAUUGUAAACGAUCGACUAAAUGGGGCGGAUAUACCUGGCUUAAUGGGUUCAGAUCUUGCCGGCGGGCAAAUCCUUCAAUACGACGAGCUGGUCUUGCCAGAAUUCGAUUGUGCAGACCCUAUAGAUGCUCUUUUUGCUAUGCCUCCAGUGUUCCCAAUGGACCAAGCCGGCUUCUUCGGGUAUGGAACCUAG